CCGAUUUUCGAUCUUGCUGAGCCAGCUGUCCGGAGAAUAUCGCCAGAGAUGGGGUGCCUAUAUCGUAGACAAAUUUAGUAUAUAUCACAUCCUUCCCUCUCGUCCUGGAUUCAUUUCUUCCUCGCCGGUCGAACAAUUCUUUCUUCUCAUACAUACUUCAAUCUUCCGACAAGAAAAAAAAAAAAAAAGCAACAAACCUCCUGUUUGACUCUCGUCAACAACAACAACAUCAUCAAUCAUGAGGUUCACUCAAGUCCUCGUGUGUGCUGCCGGUGCCCUUGGCGCCGCCGCCGCCCCUGCCUCCCCUAAUGCCCCUAAUGCCACUGCCAGCUCAUACCUUGACCUGACCGAUGGAAUGUACACCAUCCCCAUCGUCGACGACGACACCCUCGACUUCUCCCAGGCUGUGCGCGACUGGGACGGCCUCACCGCCCUCAGCGGCGCCGCCAGCAACAACACGGAGGAAUCCGUCGCCGCCGCCCUCGCCGAGCGCCGCCCCCCGGGCCAAUGCGACCCGCAGUUCCCCUCGCGCAAGACGCUCUGCCGCUCGCGCACGGUCGCGCGCUCCGAGUACCUGCGCGCCUACGCCAAGUUCCUCGACUGGAUCGACUACGGCCCCGACCAGGGCUGGAUCCCCAAGAAGAGCUGCAAGUCCCUGCUCUGGGGCAGCGUCGUCGUCAACGCCUGCUCCGCCGGCGGCAUCAACCCCACCUGCCGCGGCGAGGUCGUCGAGGCCAUGCGCGAGCUCGACGCCUACUGCGCCCUCGACAAGGGCGGCGACAUCUCCAUCAAGGCCUGGAAGAAGGUCUACGGCCGCCACCACGUGCGCGACGGCGACGCCAUGGACGGCCACAAGUACAAGCUUCCUACUGGCAAGCCCCCCGUCAAGGACAGCGACCCUUAAGUGCUCGGCCGAGCCGGUAUUUGUGGGAUG